AGGGAAAUGCAGUAGUGUGAAGUUUUAAAUGAUCAAAAUGACCUUACGGUGUAGAGGUGCGCCUCGUUUGGCGAUCAGUGUGCGACUGACAAUAAUAUUGUGUGCGUUGCUCGAGCUAGCCUCGGCCGAGAGUAGGGAUGAGCUUCACAAGUAUACGGUCGAUGAACUGCUGUCCACGGAUUUUGAAGAUAAAGACUCAGGCGACCUUGGAAUGGACCCAUGUAAGGCUGGCAAUUUCCAAGGUGAUAUCGCUAUACCAGAUGACUACUUCAAGCGGCCAUCAAACACUCCAUCAUCUUCCAAAAUCAACAAAUCAUUACAAGAAGAAGUAGAGAGACUAAAAAAGGAAGUACUUUUAGAAGGACUACAAGUGGAGGAAGAAGGCCUACCAGAUAUCUUGAGGAAGAGAACAAAACAACCAGUACAUUUAUCGCAAGAAAAACCGAAGAAAUACAAUGAAGCUAUGCUGAUGACGAAAACGCUACCAUCAGGUCUAGACAAAUCAUUAUUAAUGAAGAACGGAAAACUGCCACCCGGUGAAAACAUAGACGGCAUAAAAAGUCCAACUAACACAACCAAACUAGAACACGCAAAUCAAACAUCAACAGAGAACCUGACUGAAUACGAAAGUCUCGAACAAGAAGGUGUCCUGGUAGUAAAUGUUUCCACUGACAACAUCCUUAAUUUAGACGAGUUAUUCCCUCAUAUACAGCUAGCAAACUUUUCUAGUAAAAUGGACGAAGUUACUAACAAGAUACAGAGUAAUAGCCGUGAGAUUACCGGUGAUUCUAACAACAAUAUCAAACCGAAAGAUAUCCCUGAAAACGUGACUGUAGCCCCAGCACCUACUAAUGGUGUUUUGCCAACAAAUGAACAGGACGAGGAAAAUGAUAGUAUAGAUAAGUUUGUACUUAAUAAGACAAAACAUGCAAUGAAUAAGAAGUUUGAGGAAGGUAAUGAUUUGCUGAAACCGACAGAGAGUUUGCAAGUUUUAAAUGAAGAAACUACUGGAAGGAAACGUCGAAGAAAAAGAAGGCACGGGAAUGGGAGAAGGUACAGGAACCUCCAUUCGAACGAAAGACUAGGCCAAAAUACAGUAAAACUAACAGAGCGACCAUCGAGCGAGCAUUUCGAAAGGAAAAAAUUUUUUCGUCACCAAAAGAAGUUGAGUGGUAAAAGUGAACAAAAGAAAUUCGAAAUACCAGAACACGAAUUCGAAGAAAGGUUCGAAGUGAAGCCGCCUCCUAAAGUGAAUGUUACUGGCAACCAGCAGUUUGAAGGAUGGUUUUUUCGGGACACCUCCGAUGAUUUAGAGGCUAUGGAGAGCCGCGUGUACAAUAAUUCUCGACCACAGCCCCACAAAAGGCACCGGACGACGAGAGCGGCGACGAAUCGCAAGGAACGCAUCUGGGAGAACGGGGUGAUACCCUACGAGAUCGACGGGAACUUCAGCGGCGCACACAAGUCCUUGUUCAAGCAAGCCAUGCGGCACUGGGAGAACUUCACGUGUGUCAAGUUUGUGGAGAGAGACCCUGAUUUGCAUAAGGAUUAUAUCGUGUUCACUGAGAGACCUUGCGGAUGCUGUUCAUUCGUCGGCAAACGAGGCGGCGGUGCGCAGGCGAUCUCCAUCGGGAAGAAUUGCGACAAAUUCGGCAUCGUGGUGCACGAGCUGGGUCACGUGGUCGGCUUCUGGCACGAGCACACCAGGCCGGACAGAGACCACCACGUGCAAAUUAUCAGGGACAAUAUCAUGACAGGGCAAGAAUACAACUUCAACAAGCUGACUGAAGAAGAGGUGAACUCUUUAGGACAAACCUAUGACUACGACUCCAUAAUGCACUACGCGAGGAACACCUUCAGUAAAGGAACAUUUUUGGACACCAUCCUACCUCUGGAGUUUAAUGGGAAGAAACGGCCGGAGAUUGGACAGCGAGUGAAACUGAGUGCGAGUGAUAUAGCGCAGACUAACCUGCUCUAUAAAUGUGCAAAAUGCGGGAAGACCUUAUUGGGAAACUCUGGCUGGUUCAACUCUCCCGGCUGGGGAUCUGAAGUGGCUCCAGUGUCGGCUGAGAGAUGCGAGUGGAGAAUUGUAGCCACGCACGGUGAACGAGUGGUCUUAAAUAUCACUGAAAUCGACAUUCACAAAUCUGAAGAAUGUCGUUCUGAAUGGGUGGAAGUUCGUGAUGGGUACAUGCCCGACGCCCCGGUGUUGGCCCGAGUCUGCGGCUCCGGGAAAGGUCCUCUAUUGAGGUCUACUGGGUCGAGACUCACUGUCAUCUACCAGCCGGGGUCUAGACCUAAACCGUUGAAGGGCUUCAGGGCUCAUUAUGAAGCGGUGUGUGGCGGAGACAUCGAAGUAGACAGUAGCGGGCAUUUGGAGUCACCAAAUUACCCUGACGAUUACCAGCCUAACAAGCUGUGCAUUUGGAGGUUAACUGUUCCACAGGAUUACCAGGUGGCCCUUAGAUUCCACUCGUUCGAAGUGGAGAACCACGAUACCUGUUCCUAUGACAAGGUGAAGGUCAGAGACGGUGACUUUAUGGACAGCCCUCUCAUCGGCAUGUUCUGCGGGCACAAAAUACCGCCCGAUAUUAGGUCAACUUCAAACAAGCUGUUGGUAAUCUUCGAAUCGGACGCAACGGUUCAGAAGGCGGGUUUCUCGGCCACCUUCAUGAAGGAAUUCGACGAAUGUGCAUCGAUAGAACAUGGAUGCAGUCACUCGUGUGUCAACACCCUGGGUGGGUAUGAGUGCGCGUGCGACAUCGGCUAUGAGCUGCAUUCGGAUGGGAAGAAAUGCGAAAAUGCGUGCGGAGGCUCCCUCUACGGUCCAAAUGGCACGAUCACCUCUCCCUCUUUCCCGGAUUUAUACCCUCCCUCUAAAAACUGCCUCUGGGAGAUCAUCGCGCCGCCUCAACACCGCAUCACUUUAAAUUUCACGCAUUUCGAUCUAGAAGGAAACAAUAUGUAUCAACAGGAAUGUGAAUACGACAGCGUGACAGUGCAUUCAAAACUUGGUGCUGAUGUUUUGAGAAGACAUGGAGCUUUCUGCGGGAAUGCUCUACCGCCUCCGGUCACCUCUGAUGGUUCAGUGCUCAGAGUUCAAUUCACAUCAGACGCAUCAGUCCACCGGUCUGGCUUCGCAGCGGUGUACUACAUCGACGUGGACGAAUGUGCCGAGAACAACGGCGGCUGCCAACACGAGUGUCACAAUACUUUAGGCGGUUAUGAAUGUGCAUGCCACAGCGGGUUCACGCUGCAUCCGAACAAGCACGACUGCAAGGAGGGCGGGUGUAAACAUGACGUCAGUCAGCCGCAUGGAACCAUUGUCAGUCCUAAUUACCCAGACCAGUACCCGGCGAGGAAAGAUUGUGUGUGGCAGUUCUCCACCACGCCCGGACAUCGCAUCAAGUUGAUUUUCAACGUGUUCGAAUUAGAACCUCAUCAGGAAUGCGCGUACGACCACGUGACCAUCUACGACGGCGCGUCAGCAGACGAGAAGACCCUGGGCCGGUUCUGCGGCAGCAAGUUGCCGCACCCUGUGGUCGCGUCGCAGAACCAGAUGUACGUGGUGUUCAAGUCCGACGCCUCGGUGCAGAGGAAGGGAUUCCUGGCUACGCAUUCUACUGCUUGUGGAGGCUACUUAGCAGCCACAGAUUCCGUCAAGCAUCUUUACUCCCACGCAAGAUACGGCGACGACUCCUACGAAUCCCGUGCGGAUUGCGAUUGGAGCAUAGUGGCGCCCCCUGGACAGUUCGUCAAGUUGACAUUCCUGACCUUCGAGUUGGAGCCAGAGGCGAACUGCGGCUACGACUACGUUCAGGUCUUCGGAGGCCUAGACGGUAGUGGUGGAGAUUAUGGAGCGUCGUGUGGAACAAAGAUGCCGUCUGAAAUCAUAUCAACUUCAGAAGCUUUACUCGUAAGAUUCCGCACUGACGACUCGAUAGUCUUCAAGGGAUUCUCAGCAUCCUACCAGGCAGUCAAGCCCGAGAUAUCAAGCGAAUAUGAUAGUUCUGAAAGCGAGGACGAAGAAGAAGAGGAAGAUGAGCGCAUGCCGCCAUUGGUGGUUGGAAGGAGAGGUCUCCGAGCACCUUCGCAGCGGUAUGUUAGAAGACCGACGUGACGUUGGCCGCUGCCGCGUCACCCAAGGCACAGGCGACCGCAUCGCAAUGCAAACAGCCGGUUCAGAACAGACAACGGACCUUUCUAAAAACUCUCUAGGAACGUUCAAAAUUAAGAUAAUUUUCAGGAAUUCAAAUUAAUAAAUAGCGAAUAGAUUCAGUGUUGCCCGCCUUGCAUUAACCAAACUGAAUUGAAUUGACUAAUUUUUUUUUAUAUUGUUCAAAAUAUUGACAUUAAAAAAAAACGUUACUAACCGUUCGGCAAAAAACAACAAAAUGUAUUUUUGAGUCAUGAUUGAUGAGUCAAAAGCAUAUAAAAUAGUAAGAAAUUUAUUUAUAUUUUCACAUUGUAAGUAACUAACAUCUUCAGAAUGAAAACAUAACGGGUGAAUUAAGGGCAAAGGUCUAAAAUCAAUUAGGAAAUCUUAUUUUUUUAUCACUGGCAUAAUGCGAUGGAGCGGUAGCAUCUUAUAAUUGGGAGUGUAAAAGAAUAAAUUACGUUUAUGACUGAAAAAAAAUAUGUAAAUAUACCGAUAGUUUGUAAUGAGCAUAUUACUUAAUUACAGUAAACUUACCACGAAUAUUCGUUCUUUAGCAAAACAGUACCUAAUGCAUAAUUGUUAUAGUAAUAAAAAUAGAAAGAGAAGUUAUUUUCCUAAUUUCCUGAAUGUAAACCCCAUACUGUAGACCCCAUUUUGUACAUUUUUAAUUUCCGAAGUUAAUUUUGGAGACAAUACUAGGUACUUUGUUAUUUUAUUGUACAAUUACGCAUGAUAUUGUGUUCAUUGAAUGAUAAGUAACAUUCAUUAUUUUAGGAGCAGAUCCUUUUUGAAGGUUUAUAUUACACCUUAAUUGUUAAUUUGUGUGAAGAUGAAGUGUGAGUGUCCGUUUUUAAUGUAGUAUUGGUAGUAACUGGUAGCAACACAGAUUAAUUUCUUACACAAAUUUAAAAUAUUAUAACACACUCACAUUUUUUAUACUAAUUAUAUCUAUAAAUUAAACAUUUACCAAAGAUUGUGUAUUUUAUAAGAAACUCAAAUAUAAUAUGUAACUGUAGAUAUAUAGGAUUGUUGUUAUUAACUAGUGCCAUAUAUACCAAUUAAGUACCAUACUUCAUUCUGAUAUUAAUGCUGCCAUAUUGCGUAUACUUACCAUAGUUUAGUAUUUUCAUUCGACGAUAGAAAUAUAAAGACAAUAUGUAACGUAAGAAGUUAUUUUUUAAUGUUAAAUGUCAUAAAGCUAGGUGUUCGAACUCAUAUCAAUUGUAUAAUCACGUAUUCUCUGUAUAUUGUGUAGCUUAUAACAAAAUAAUA